UUACGCCCAGUACGUCGCACGCUACUCUCAUAAAACGUUAGCAAUCGUUUAACGUUAGAUAAUAAACUUUGAAACUUGGAAGUGUAGAAAAGCACGAGGAGAAAUCUCAUUGCAGAAAAUAUAUAUUAAAAAUAAGAAGCGUUAUCUUAUCGAUUAAUCAACGAAACAAAAUGCCAGGAUAUAAAUGGGUUCCUUAUCAUCACGGUAUGAGAUGUUACUGGCAACCAAAUAUGAUUACUAUUGGCAGAGAUUUAGAUGGUAUGAAUCUUGUGGUUGGUCGUGCCAGACACCAUGGCGAUGUUUUACCAGCUAAAGUAAAACCAGAUCACAGUGUUGCUUAUGUCUCUUACGAUGGGGGUGAACAUAUGAAACAUGAAUAUGAGAUUUUAAUGACAGCGGAGUUCAAAUGGAUUCCUGCGAGUCAUGGACAUGUACCCGAGGAUGCCGUUGAAGCUGGUAGGACAGUUGAUGGCGAAGUUCUAUUCGUUGGUCGUACUUAUCACAAUGGUGUCCCUUGCGUUGGCAAGGUGCAAAGAAGUCAUGGGGUUUUGUAUAUACCUUUCAACGGACAGGAAGUUCCUUACAGGCAAUACGAAGUCCUCGUUCAAAAUUGAUUUUAUCGGCAAUUUCAUUGCUUUGGAUUAUUUUAAACGAAAUAGAUCAAAAUCGUACUUAACUCGAAAGUUGUCUUUUUCAUAAUAGAAAACUCUUAAGAAAGAAGAUGGUUGUUCUUUGCAAUAUAUACAACGAUCGUCGUCGCGUUAUCUGCUUUUGGCAAGGAACUUCUAACGACGUGCUUAGUAUGCGAAGAAAAGUCAUUUAUCAUCCCCUUUCUCUUCGAAUGAAAACGAUCUCUGUGUUUCGUUUCUGGGAUACACUCGAUCGAGUGUACGACGAGGAUGACUAUUAAAUUUGCUUCCACUUUAAUCGUGUACUUUGAAACCGUUGUUAAAUCUUCCAUUAAAUUAUUCGUUCAAGGUAUACACAGAUCAUUUUUAAGGAACAUACUGCCUUGAUUAUGUAUUACGUCUAUUAAAUAAUUCAUGAAUAUUUGUUUAAUAAUGAAGACAA